CGACAAUGAAGGUGACGGGGCUUCACUGAUCGCACAAGUUGUCGAGAAAACUUGGAAAGCCUCCAGUCGACAACGCCUGCAGACGUAUUGGGAACAGUCCGUUGCGUCGCUUCAUAGUCUGCUAUCAUCAUGUCGAACCCUCCGGACUCAUGGGAAGACCAGGCCGAUGGCCUUCCUCAACAGUUUAACCGAAUGAACGUCGGUGGAGGUCGUUCCACGGCAAAUACCGCCGGUGGAGGUGGAGGACCUGCCUACAACUUUCAGAACUUCAACCUUGGCGCUGCCGAAUUUGUUCCAACUUGGGGUGGACAAGAGCAAUCAUAUGAGCAAGGAUAUGGCAAUUAUGCACAACAACCCUAUGCUUACCACCAGCAGCAAAGCUACAACCAGGGCUACCAGCAACCUUAUCACCAGGGCUAUGGGCAUCAGCAGCAAGGUUACGGUUAUCAGCAAGGUUACCAGCAAGGUUAUCAACAGCAGCAGGCAUAUCAAGGUUACCAGCAGCAGACCCGCCAGCAGCAGUAUCAACCUCAACAACAGUACCAAGCCCCUACCGCGGCGCCUGCUCGGAACCAAGCUCCCGCAAAGGCUGUGUCGAUUUCCAUCGGUGGAAAACCAAAGGAAGCGACGCCCGCGAAGGCAGUAUCUAUCUCGAUCGGUGGCGGAAAUCAAAAGCCCAAAGAGAGUACGACCCCCGCCAAGCUAGCCCAGGCGGAAGCCCAAGAGAAGCCUGCACCAUCACUGAAGCAGGAGGAGCAAGUAGAGACAAAGGAUGAAGUCAAAGAGGCUCCCAAACCCAAAGAAGAGAUUCCUGAGAAAAAGGAGGAAAAGAAGGAAGAGAAAAAGGCAGUAGAACCUGAGCCUGAGGUGGAAGCUGAACCAGAACAAGAAGACGAUGGGACUGACGAGGGCAAAGAACACAUCAAUAUCGUGUUCAUUGGUCACGUUGAUGCUGGAAAGUCCACCAUGGGUGGACACCUACUGUUCUUGACGGGGAUGGUAGAUAAGCGAACCAUGGAGAAGUAUGAGAGGGAGGCAAAGGAAUUAGGACGUGAAUCAUGGUACCUCUCGUGGGCCUUGGACUUGAAUCAAGAAGAACGUAACAAGGGCAAAACUACCGAAUACGGCCGCGGUUAUUUUGAGACAGAAAAGCGACGCUUCACCAUUUUGGAUGCUCCUGGACACAAGAACUUUGUUCCAAGUAUGAUCGGAGGAGCAUCCCAAGCGGAUGUUGGCGUCCUCGUUAUUUCCGCCCGGAAGGGAGAAUUUGAGACCGGUUUUGAGCGUGGGGGCCAGACCCGGGAGCAUGCGAUGCUGGCCAAAACGGCUGGAGUCAAGCGCCUCAUUGUUGUGGUCAACAAAAUGGACGACCCAACUGUGAACUGGUCGAAGGAGCGAUACGACGAAUGUAUUGGGAAGAUUAUGCCCUUCCUGAGGCAAGUGGGAUUCAAUCCCAAGACAGAUCUGGACUGCAUGCCUGUAUCUGGGUUUACUGGUGCCAACUUGAAAGAUCCUUUGGAUAAGAAAAUAUGCGAGUGGUACAGCGGACCCUCACUUAUAAAUCUUCUCGAUGAGAUGGUAAUUCCCGAUAGAGGCUUCAACCGACCAUUUAUGAUGCCUAUCGCCGACAAAUUCAAGGACAUGGGUACAGUUGUGACUGGAAAGAUUGAGUCCGGCAAAGUGCGAAAAGGACAGAGUGUGUUCAUCAUGCCAAACAAGCAAAAAGCAGAGGUAUCUGCCAUCAUGCAGGAAGACCACGAGCUGGCUGUGGCGAAAAGUGGAGACAACGUGAGAUUACGAUUGAAGGGCGUCGAAGAAGAGGAUAUUAUGCCCGGUUUCGUCCUUUGUACCAACAAAAACCCCGUCCACCAUGUCACUGCCUUUGACGCCCAACUGGCUAUCAUCGAGUACAAAAAUAUCAUUUGUGCCGGGUACACUGCCGUCAUGCAUGCUCAUACGAGUGUGGAAGAGAUUACCCUCUCGGCAUUGCUUCAUUCUGUUGACAAAAAGAGCGGGAAGAAAACUAAGCGACCGCCACAGUUUUUGAAGCAGGGGGAUGUUGCGAUCGUACGUGUUCAAACCACCCAACCUAUCUGUUUGGAAACCUAUGCAGAUUAUCCUCAGCUCGGGCGGUUCACUCUUCGUGAUGAAGGCAAAACCAUAGCCAUCGGAAAAGUUACAAAGCUCAUUGUGGACGAAUAAAUCCUGUUGGAUAGCCACCAAUUUAUCAAGAAUUUUAGUAUUAGGGCGAAGCUGCAUUCAGGGUGAAGGGGGGUGUGUUGACUGUUUUAUUUAGCUGUGAUGACGUUCUUUCUCAUUAGCGAUUACAACCAUGGAUAUCUUUUGCAUGAAAUCAUUCGUCUUGUUAAACCA